AUGGGAGCAAACCCUUUUGUUCUACUUAACAUGGGCAAUAGUUUCAGUACCCAUGAGCUAAAGACUCAGAUUGCUCAUGACCUUAAAAUUGACGUGGCAUUUCCAUUCUUCCCCGCUGGCCGAAAUCAGGGCUCAGCUGCCUGCUGUGUGGUUGAUACAGAGUGGAUUGAGAAGCUCUCCAGUAAAAAAGACGAUGAAGAACUUGUGAUUCUUAAGAGUCCGGCAUAUGCUCGUCAUGCUCUUUCUCCCGAUGGAAAUCCUCAAAAGCAAUUGCCUACUGUUAACAUUUAUGUGAACAUGCUUCCCAAGGAUCCCUCCAAGCGAAGCGACAUCCAACUAUAUCAGUCCAACUCUAAUCUAGAGAAAAAGGGCAAAGAGCAGUGUGGAUGGCCACUGAUAAAUUACUUAAGAUCGUUAUUGGAAGGAAAGGAUGCUGAUCAAAGGAUUGGAGGGUUGGUGGAUUCAUUUGAGGAUUUCGAGUCAAUUUUUGGCGAGUCUUUGAGCAUUGAAAAAACGCAUCAGCAAUUUGUGAAUCGUAUUCAGAAAAUGCUCUGGCCGUGUAGUAGACGUUAUAAGGUCAUACCACGAGAGGAAGAUGGAGCAGAUCAACUGGCGUUGCAGGAAAUGUCAGAAGAUAGUUUAGUCGGAGCUCUUGGCGAACCAUUGGAAGCCACCAAACCACUUUACAAUGAUCCAGCCAAUUCAAAUUUGCCAGAUGUUUUUGCGAUUAUUGAAUCCGAGAACGCAUACUAUUUUUUGGCUUCCUAUCGAGGAACCACUCUACAAGACCUUAUUACUUACAAUCCAGGUGUGCUUAGCUCAAACUUCAAAAAAGGAUUUGUUGUGUACCAAUUGCUACGAGCAGUAGCCAGUCUUCAUAGCCGAGGAAUUCUUCAUGGGAGGCAAGUUUUAAGAGCUUCGAAUAUUUUGGUGGAUGAAAAUUUGUGGACACAGCUGGCAGGAAUGGAGUGUGGUGCAAAUCCUAUGGAUAUAGGGUUACUCAAAACUGUCAAAAUAGAUAUUGAUAGUCUUGUCCAUAACGCUCGGGAACCUACUUUAACAAAAGAUGUAAAAGAAGAACCAUUGGUUAUAAAGUGGGUUCGAGGUGAAAUAUCCAAUUACUCUUAUAUAAUGGCCUUGAAUCAUCUUGCAGGUCGAAAAGAAGGUGACCCAAACUUCCAUCCCAUCUUACCUUGGGUAGUUGACUUCACUGGCACUUCCGUAGAAGAUGGAUGGAGAGACUUUACAAAGACAAAAUUUCGAAUGAACAAAGGGGACGAACAGCUUGAUUUUACAUUCGAUGGGCCAGUGCCACAUCAUAUUACGGAUAUUCUUUCUGAUAUUACUUACUAUGUUUACUUGGCACGUAGAACACCUAUACCAGUAUUGUGUCAAUUUGUACGAUCAAAGUAUGAACCCAAUGAGUAUCCUUCUUCCAUGCACCGUCUGUACGAGUGGACUCCAGAUGAGUGUAUCCCCGAAUUUUAUACUGGUACAUAA